AUGGCGCAUGAAAGCUCGAGGCAGGUCCGAGACCGUGGGGUGACGAGAUCCAAGGCGGAAAAGGCACGGCCACCUACUGUGCUGGUGCCGCAGGUGGACAUCAUUCCUGGGCGGCUCACUGAGGCUGAGUGGAUGGCGUUCACAGCUCUGGAGGAGGGCGAGGAGGUGGUGGGGGACAUCUUGGAUGAUCUGCUGGCACGAGUCAUGGACUCUGCCUUCAAAGUCUACUUGACCCAGCAGUGCAUUCCAUUCACCAUAAGCCAGGCUCGGGAGGCCAUGCUGCAGGUCAUCGAGUGGCGCUUCCUGGCCCGGGAUGAGGGAGAGUCUGCAGUGGCUGAGGACCCCACGUGGGGCGAGGACGAGGAGCCCUUGGCAUGCACGACGGAUGCCUGGGCUCAGGGAUCCGUGCCUGUGCUGCACGCACCAGUCUCCAUGGGGCUGGAGGAGACCUUCCAGAGCGAAGACCAAGGGAGCAUAGAACAGAUUUCUUUAGGAAGAUCGAGGAUGGAUAGAGGCUUUGAGGAGCAGAUGGAAUCUUCGGAGCAUUCUUCCAAGCCGAGAGACACCCCCAGCCCCCCACCCAUCCUGGAGCUGUUUCAGGAGGCAGAGCCCAGGGGUCCUUUGGAGGAAGUGGAAGGCCAGAGAGGAGGCCACCAGUCUUCAGCAGAGGCCUUGAACGUGAGCCUCCCACAGUCUUCAUCAGAGGAGCUGGGUCCUGCUGGCAGUCCCCACCCUUCUCUGGAGCUGUCCCAGGUAGCCAGCUCCCAGAAAUCAACAGAGAGGGCACCGCCCCUUAGCUCCCAGCUACUGAAAGAGGAUCUCUACUGUUGCACACUAAAGCCGCCCACCGCUGGGGAUCAGAGGGUGCCCCCCACAGCCUCUGGCCCCACUAUCCUCAGCCUUCCCAAGUUCUCCCAGCCACAGCAGCCUUGGGGCUCGGACUCACAGCUGAGCAAACUUUCCUACCCUGCAGGCUGCAAGGCAGCUUUGGUACGGCUGCCGCGCCACUGGGUCAGCCCACUAACUGAGAUUGUGGACCCAGACUCCGCAGUGCGCCCCCUGGGCGUCUACCGCAGGUGCCAGCGGGUCAAGAAGACAGAGGUCCCAGCUGGACCCCCAGCCACUGGCCCCAGUUCCGGAGUCUCCCCUGCAUGUUUCUCUACUCCCCCUCCAAGAGGUCCUUGCCCUGCCUUGUGCUCCAGCUCCCAAUUUCCCCCUUUAAGUUUAGACCUGUCAUCACCAGGCAUCCAAUCAAAGGGGCCCUUACCCAGCUCAGAGAGCCACUUUCUUGAAAAGCACCUGGAGCUUCCCUACGUGGCUCAGUGCCCCAGCCCCAAAAUGUGGCCAGGUGCAAAGUGGCCCAGGGGCUGGGAGAAGGGAGCAGAGUUGCUGGAAGAGCUGUGGGCCGCCCGUACCCACGUAUCUGCGCGGGGCCUGGACCCUGGGGAUCAGGAGUGCCAGGAUCCUCACAGGUCGCCUUGCCCCACGCCCCGAAUCCUCGACGCCACAUCCCAGGUGAUGUGGGAGCCUGUGUUGCUGCCAGAAGCCUUGAAACUGGCUCCUGGUGUGAGCGUGUGGAACCCAAACGCGCAGGUGCUGCUCAGCUCUGGCACACCCCAGCAGGAGGACAAGGAAGGCUGUACCUCUCCCCCCAUCAAGGCAGGUGCCCAGAAGCAAGUGACCACAGCACAGCUAAUGAAGAACUCGAGCUCCAAAGUGUGGUCACCCCUCUCCAAGCUCCUGCCCCAUUCUGAGCCCUGA